AUUCCAUUUAAAAAAAUCGUCUAAUUGGGCCGUUAUUGUAACGCGCAUUUAUUCAUCGAACCGUAAUAAUACAUAUGGAUAUUAAUAAUUAUGACAGUAUGUGACGUAAGCGCAGAGUCAGGUGAUCACUGGAAUUUCCCUUUCCCACCACUGAAUGACGUCAGGUAAUGGCGGUGGCAGUGAAACACAAACAUACGCGCUGAACGCGAUGGGCGACGCUGACAUCGAGCGCGUGGACAGUCUGGACGGAUGGGUCGCCGUUAAACCAGAUGCGUUCGACGAGAGCGAGACCCAUAAACUCAAAUUUAUCGUGGAGUGGAACGAGAUCGAGACCAAGUUCGCUGUGACAUGCCAUAACCGCACGCUGCAACGGCGCGGCGACGCGAGCGGCAGCUGUGCGGGUCUGUUUUCCGGCUCGCACCUGACACACGUGCACGCGCAGCUGAGCGCGGUCCGGGACGAACUCGAUCCGCUCUUCCCGGACCUGACAGGCUUCCGCGAGCCGAACCUGUGGGAACUGUUGUUCUCUAGCGGGCCCCGGAGCGAUGCUGACGCGCCGUGUAGGCAGCUGGAGCGAUACUUCAGUGCCGCGGUGGACGCUUGCGGCCGCGGGAUCGUGCUGGACGCUCUCUUCAGCGUCAGUGACAGAGAUGAGGAGCAGUACUUCGAGGACAUGCGUGAGUUUAAACGCAACGCGAUGCGCGACCAGAUUCAACGCGCCAAAGACACGCUACGCGCGCUCGUGCAGACUCACUCCAGUACUGAUGGACUCGUGCGGUUGAUGAAGCUCUAUGAGGAGGAGGAUGAAGCAUACAGAGAGUUAGUCAGUGUGGCCACACAGUUCUACCAGAACCUUCUUCAACCAUUCAGAGACAUGAGAGAGCUUGCCACAUUCUACAGGACUGAGAUCAUGAAGUGUCUGCAGUAUGAGGAUCUAGGACCAAAGCGUGUGUGUGAAUUGGAGGCAGAGAUGCAUGAAUGGAAUCGGCGUGGAGAAACGGCUGUUCACUCUAUACAGGACGCCACUGCAGAUUACUUUAAAGACACAUCUAAAGCCCUGACAGGUAUGGUGAAACAGAUGGAGGAGGAUCGGAAGCGAUUUGGCCUCUCCUCUUGGGCAAUGGCCACACCCCGCCAAGAGAGACUCCGUUUCCUAUUAGCGAAAGAGACGUUGCAGUACAUGAGGGCCAAAGAGAUGUGCAUCAAACGCAAGAAAGGCGACAUACGAGAAAAGAUGCAUGGUAUUGCAGAGGGCGGAGCUGAGGGCAUGGCGGAGAGUGUGAGCACGGUCAGUGCACUGGAACUGCAGUAUUAUGAGGUGCAGCUGGAGCUGCACGACUGCAAGUUUGAGAUCCUGAAAAAUGAAGAACUGCUGCUGCAGACACAAAUUCAAACCAUACAACGCCAACUAAGAGAGCUGCAGGAGCAGGUGGUGUAUUAUGACACCUGUGAGGACCCAGAGGAGCUGCAGGAUGUUCAGGUGAAUGCAAGCCCUGCCCAGAAACACCUACAGCAACACCUGAAACAACUGGAGCGUCAGAGAGGAGCAAUUUCAUCACGCAGAGCUCAACUGAGAAACCAACGGGAGAUGUGUGUUCAGGCACACGAGCUGCAGCAGCGUUCAGUUGCACAACGUUCUGAGCAGCAUCGCCAGCAUCACGCCUCGCAGCUGGUGAGUAAUUCACCAGUAACCAUGAAGCGAGAGAAGAGGAGAGUUGACGAGGAGAAGAGGAAGCAGUGGGUGGACAGAGAAAGAGAGAAAACACUCAACAGGCUGCGCUCGUUCAGAGAGAGACAUCAGGGUCAGUAUGUUUUAAAGACAGCUCAUGUGAGGCCAGUAUUGCAUGACCCCAGCAGCGAUGACUCCUCCCAGCCACUGUCAAUCAUCAGUCUGGAACCGCAGAGCUCCACCCCCUGCAGGAAGGGUCGGAGUCUGAAGCAGCGUGACAUCCCAGUCCAGAUUCUGCUGCCUGCUGGAGGUGCAGCAGCAAAGCUUGAGCAGACUAUUCCACCCCCACCUCCUCCUGUCCCGCCCCUUCCUUCUGUCCCACCCCCUCCUCCCCCUCCACCCCUCCCCCUCCAUCAUACUCCACCAAUCAAUGAGAAGCUGCCAAUCAAAAAGAGUCUGGAGCAGAAUGCAGGAUCAAUGGACGAACUUUUAGCGUCACUGCAGCGUGGACAGAAACAACUGCGAAAGGUCACGGUCUCCACAGACAGCAGUAAUUUUAGAGACAGCCUCAUGUCAGCCAUCCGUCUGGGCGUGACCCUGAAGAAAGUCACACCUCAUACAGGCCCUGCACACAGCUCAGACUCUGAGCUGGAGCGAAGCAUCAAAGCCGCUAUGAUGAGGAUGAAGAAGAUCUCAAAUGACUCUGAUGAUGAAGAGGGCUCAGACAUGCCAUCUGGAGACUGGGACAGUUAAACACACACGACAGCCUUAAUCAUCUGAUCUGAGUGCUGCUGCUAAAAAAAUAACAGUUAAGCCAAAGGCUGCAGGUUUUGUCAUCUUCAGUUCCUGGUGUAGUCACUCAGGGUAUGAAGGGAAUGUUGUAAAUUGCCAAGAAAAGCUCAUACCACCCAAACAGUAUAUAAAUGCUAUUUCCUGCACUGUGUUUUACAGGUUGGGUUUCUGAUUGUAGGUGAUUUAUCAGUCAUAUUUAAAGGAAGUUGCUUUGGGUUUUGGCACUGAAAUGUGCCAUAAGAUUAGGCUAUAUAAAGUUAUUAACUGUGCUGUAUAAUAGAAAAAAAUUGCACUGAACAUUUUAAACUGUUGAAGCAUUACUGCAAGUUAAAUUUUAUUUCUCUGAAAGUCUCAUUCCUUAAGCUCUUUAUUGUAAAAAACCAAAAAAAAGUUUGAUUAAAACACUGAAGUGCCUAA